GAGGGAAUAUGAAUACUAUAGGUCUAGACCUAACUGCACUAAAGGAAAGUGAACCAUAUGGUCCAUACUUCAAUCUUUCAUAUCUCAAUUUUAGCCAUUUAACUGCAAAAUAAAAAUGGUAAUCAUUAAUAAAAUAAUCAUCUGAUAUUAAAUCUGAAGUGAAAAAAAGUAUGGAACUCGAACAUGAAAGAAGGUUUUUAAUUAAAUAUAUUAAAUGCUAACCCCCUUUUUUUUUUAUCUUAUAAAUUUAUAAUGUCUAAAUAAAUAUAUUAGUAUUUACCAAAUAAACGUUUGAAAAGGAGCAAUAAGUAGUUGCAACGGAAAGAUGCGGCGAUACGACGCCGUGUAUGAAAAUUCUAGUGGAAUUACAAAAGUAUCCCUCUAUCAUGAUUUAUUUUCUGGUUUGAGUUUCUCCUCCGACUCGGGUACGACUCUUCGCCCUCUCUUCUGCGACAAAAUUGAAUUUUGGCAUAACUUUUAUUCCUUUUUUUUUAAAAAAAAAAUCAAAAAAAAGGGGAAAAACUAUAAGUAAAAUCUCCGAAUUAAGGAAAAACCAAAAAGAAUUUUCUCCAUCCUAUUUGAUUUUCCUUUUCGGAACCAGUGGAGAUUUCUAGGGUUUUAUUUCAUGUACUGCGAAGCUUUAAUGUCUUAUGAAUGGAGAUUGCCUAUUGCCUCUCCAUCGCUCUCCAAUCCCAUCAGCAGUUGAUCAUAGCCACAAUCAUCACUCUCCUUUCCCUCCUCGCCGUCCGAUCAUUCUUCAAGAGGCCCCACAAAUCCAACGCCCUCGGUCCCGCCACGUCGACCGGUAAAAAGGAGCCUGAAGAAGCCACAUCCUCGUCCCCCUGCAACUGUUCUUGCUCCUGCAACGGAACUUCCCAUUCCGGGGCGUUCCUGAACGGCGGUAGUGCUGGUCCGGCGCAGGAGGGUAUGGUGACGGCGGAUGUUUCCAAGGUAGCGGCGGAGAGACAGAGCGGGGCGUCGAUGAUGGAGCAGUUGGUGCCGGAGAUUACGACGCACGCGCUCAGUUACUUGGAUUAUCCGAGCCUUUGCAGGCUUUCUAUGACUAAUUCGCUGAUGAGAAAGGCUGCCAAUGAUGAUAAUGCAUGGAAAGCGCUUUAUCACAAGGAUUUUACUUUGGAGCAAGAUAGUGUAACACCAGUUAAUGGGUGGAAGGCAUAUUAUGCAGCUACAAGAGCCAUAAUGAAUGUUAAUGCAGAAUUCUUUAGCAUCAUCAGAGAUAGGUCACUUCCAGCAAUGAGUCGUUUUUGGCUGAAUGCGGAUUAUGUAAAGUGUGUUCAUGCGUCUGGAGAACUCUUUUCAGGGUAUAAUGCUGUAAUACAAAGUUGGCAGCUUGCUUUUAAUUGGGAGCAGGGGGUUGAUUUUCAGGUUAUAGAUGUUCGAGCCCGGGUACUGACAGACAUGGCCUGGGUUACCAUGAAAACCUAUGUGGACAUGGAUAAUGGGGCAUUUAACAUGACUAACGUCUUUGAGUUCCAUAAUGGACGGUGGUACCUAGUGCAUCAUCACAGCUCAGUGAUGCUCGCGGAUGGGGACGUGGAACAACAGAUUGUUCAUGGAUAACAGAAGAUGAAGAGUUAAAUACAAAUUGAUAAUUUUUAGUACUAGCUUCGAAACAUAGUACUAGUGUUUGUUAGCAAAAGCAAGUUGCUUGAAAUUUCUCUGGAAUUUCUUUCAAAGAUACUUCUUUUCCGGCUUUGCCACCUCA